UCUAAAAUCUCAAUUCAUUCUCCGACUUGCUCGUUAAAAAUUAAGAGAAAGAAGAAUCUCCAAAAAAAAAAAAAAAAACAAGAAGAAAAAUGGCGAAUUUUGUUCUUCAGGUUCCAAGUAGGUUGAGGACCUUCCCUGUCUUUUCUUCGUCCAAUGGGGCUUCUCCUUCUGCUUCUGGAACGGGAGGUGUUGGCGCCGGGGGACCAGUGAUUCUGGAGCUUCCUCUAGAGAGGAUAAGGAGGCCCCUAAUGAGGACGAGGGCAAAUGAUCCUAACAAAGUGAAAGAACUUAUGGAUAGUAUUAGUGAAAUAGGACUUCAAGUUCCUGUUCAGUGUUCUGCAGCGCCAGAUGAUAAUAAGAUUAUUAACUUCAGUAAGCAGCAAGAUAUUUCAAGCCUUCUAUUAAGCAUAAAUGGAAACUUUUUCUGGCAAGGUUGUUCCUCGGAAAUUUCAAGCUUUGCUGCUUGUGAAAAACAUCUUUCUUAUGAUGUUUUUUUCAUAAUCACAUUUGAGUUAUUCAGGUGAAAAACUUGAUGUCAUUGCAAUCAUAAGCAUCAACUGUGAUGAUCGAACAAAAAAUUAUGCCGAGUUAACAUAGUUUUUCCCAAACCAAAUCUUGAGUUGUAUUUCACUAUAUUUUGCAUGCUAUGACACAACUUGGUAUGUAUGUUCAUAUCAUCCUCCUAAGUUGCAUUCAUUGCAAGUUUUCUUCUCCAAUUACUAGUUAGUGAUACAAGGUUUGAAAUUAUAGUAUAUGUUUAGCUUAGCUGCAAGCUGAAUUUUUAUGUUUGUGAAACACUUGUGGUUCAUCUUGUUUUGGGUAAAUAAAAUUUUGAUUCGUCAAAAUAUCAUGGACGGAGCUACUAAGUUAUCUGACUUUUUAUUU